CAGCCCCUUUCUCUCGGACGCCCUCGCUAUUGCUUCUUCCCACCUUCUCAUCUGCUCGUCCUCUUUUCCAACGCCUUCAGUCAUCGGAAUGCGGGAGCAAGUUACGUGGAGAGAGAUUGACGGCCGGGCUGGCCUGCCCUGCCCUUUCCUCGCCCGGGGGGCUGCGGCCCCUGGCUGCGAACGGUGAUGGUGUGAAGAGGCCUGCAGAAAUUGGUUUUGCAAGGGCGCUGGACUGGAGAUCGUAGUAUUACUCUUAAAGGUGGAGGCCCUCUCUCUCGCUUGCUGCUAGGGGGUUUUCCGGUCGGCCGGUGAUUUUAUUUUGGCUCCGAACUGCGGGAUCUUUGUAGCUGCAGUUGGAAUUGGGAAGGACAAAAUGGAAAAGGGAUCUAAAUAGACUCUUGGAAGACUUGGAUUAUAGGUUUCUAGUAGUGUUCUUAUUGGGCAACCUACAAGCUUGGGGGUCUUUAGCGUAUGAAAUGCACCCAGUGUUGUAGCUCAAAUGUUAAGAGCAUUGUGCCAUGGAGUGCUGAUCUUUUCCCUGCUAUUGUUUGCAUCUGCCAGUGAGAUAGGAUACCCACGAUGCAACUGCGAUGGGGACAGCUUUUGGAAUGUUGAGAACAUUUUCCAGUGCCAAAAAGUGAGUGACUUUUUGAUUGCUUCAGCUUACUUCUCCAUUCCACUCGAACUCUUGUACUUUGCCACAUGUUCCAAUAUCUUCCCCUUCAAAUGGAUUGUCAUACAGUUUGGAGCCUUUAUUGUUCUAUGUGGAUUGACACAUUUGUUAAAUGUGUUCACAUACGGGCCCCACUCGUUCCUUCUGAUGCUAAGCUUGACAGUUUCUAAAUUCUUUACUGCUCUUGUAUCAUUUGCCACAGCGAUAACCCUCUUAACCUUGAUACCUCAGCUCUUGAGGGUCAAGGUGAGGGAAAACUUCCUGAGAAUAAAAGCACGGGAACUAGACAGGGAAGUUGUCCUGAUGAAGAAACAGGAAGAGGCUAGUUGGCAUGUAAGAAUGCUUACUCAAGAGAUUCGCAAAUCACUGGACCGGCAUACCAUCUUAUAUACGACUAUGGUUGAGUUAUCAAAGACAUUGGGCCUGCAUAAUUGUGCAGUAUGGAUGCCGGAUGAGCAUAAAAAGGAGAUGUACCUAACUCAUGAACUAAGGUUACAAAGCACCUCUAAUCUGUACCGACGUUCUGUUCCUAUUGAUGACCCAGAUAUAAUAGAAAUUAUAGGGACUAAGAGCAUGAAAAUUCUAAGCAUUGACUCUGUACUGGGUUCUGCAAGUAGUGAAGACAUGGUUCAUCCCGGAGAAGUGGCAGCCAUUCGUAUGCCAAUGCUAAAUGCCUCCAAUUUCAAAGGUGGAACACCUGAAGUUGUUGAAGCAAGAUAUGCUAUACUUGCUCUUGUUGUCCCUAGGGAUGCUUCAAGGAAUUGGAAUGAUCAGGAACAAGAGAUAGUUGAGGUGGUUGCAGAUCAAGUUGCUGUUGCCCUUUCUCAUGCUGAUGUUUUAGAGGAGUCACAAAUGAUGAGAGAGAAGCUAGCACAACAGAAUCGAGAUCUGCUUCAGGCAAGACAGAACACUUUAAGAGCAAGUGAAGCAAGGAAUCAAUUCCAAGUUGCCAUGAGCCAGGGAAUGAGAAGACCCAUAAAUUCCAUCUUGGGUUUGUUGUCCAUGUUGCAACAAGAACAGUUAAGUCCUGAACAAAGACUUGUUGUUGAUACUAUCACAAAAAGUGGUAGUGUAGUUUCAACAUUGAUCAAUGAUGUGAUGGAAAUUUCUAGAAUAAACAGUGAGCGAAUAUCUUUGGUAAUGAGACCUUUCCACCUGCAUUCUAUGAUUAGGGAAGCUGUUACUGCUGCAAGAUGUCUUUGUGAUUCGAAGGGAUUUUACUUUGGGUUUCAAGUGGAAAAUGAAGUGCCUAAUCAAGUUGUUGGUGAUGAGAAGCGAAUUUUUCACGUGAUACAGUAUAUGGUCGGUACUGUGUUGAGUGGAUAUGAUAAAGGAGGUUCUCUAAUGUUUCGGGUUAUGGGGUAUGAUGGACUCAUAGACAAAGAGGAACAGGAAUGCUCUUCUUGGAAAUUGAACUUUUCUGAUGGGUAUGGUUAUGUGAAGUUUGAAAUUGGAGUGAGAAAAUUGGAUAUUAAAAGCUCUAGUUCAUUGUCACUUCAGCACUCUAAGAUGGCUGAUUCUGGAGGUUUGGAGGUGGGCCUUAGCUUUAGAAUGUUCAAGAAUCUAGUUCAGAUGAUGCAAGGAAAUAUCUGGGAACUCAAGAACUCCCAAGGCCUUACGGAAAGCAUAACACUUGUUCUCCGAUUCCAAUUGCAGCAUUUGGCACAAGUGCCAGAGGGCAGAGAGUUGCAUUCUGCAUCUUCCACUCCAAAUUUCAAAGGCCUCAGAGUUCUGCUAGCUGAGAGCGACAAUGUCAACAGAGCCGUGACUCGUAAACUACUUGAGAAAAUGGGUUGCCGUGUCUCAUCUGUGGGCUCUGGAACCCAAUGCCUUAGCUCAUUUGGCGCCCCAAUCACACCCUAUCAACUCAUAGUGUUAGACCUUCACAUGCCCCAAAUGGAUGGGUUUGAAAUUGCAACAAAAAUUAGGAAGUUCAGGAGCAGGUCUUGGCCUUUGAUUGUGGCUUUAUCUGCAAGUGCAGAGGGUGAUAUACGGGAUAAGUGUUUGCAGUCUGGGAUGAAUGGAAUGGUAAGAAAACCCAUUACAUUACUGUCGAUGGGAGAGGAAUUGUACAGGGUCCUUCAUAAUUCAUAGGGGUGUAAUGGAGCUUGGCACUUGUGAGGUCCAUUCCUGUUCAAAUCCUUUUUUUCUUUCCUUUGGACAGAGUUUUGUAACAAGCAUCGGUACACAAGCAUGCACACUCGAAACAUGUAUACAGGAAUUAGAUAAUGGUUUUUGAUUCAGCCAGGGCAAACCAUAUUAUUAUACAGCUUCUUUUUCAUAACAAGUUAUCCAAUACCUGCUAUGGUAGAUAAUCAUACUUGCCAAGGGCCAAUAUAGGCAAUUUUUGUCUUCAUUUACACCCCUCUUUCUGGAUAUUGGAGAGUUGAGCUCCUCAGUUGGCUUUCUAUUGCAGGCUAUCAAUUGAUUGUGCAUCUAGCAAUGUCAGACCAUCAGUAAUAGACAUCAGGAAGCUGGCACAUACAGUCAAUAACAAAAUUUGAGUGUUGUCAGAUGGAUCAUCCACAAGCUGGAUAGGGCGAAGAAUGUUAUGCCGGACGACUUAGUAGGUUAGGCAUCAGCCGAAGGGUGUGGUAAUUUCAUCAAAGAAAUGACUAAUUCAAUUGAAGAUUUUGAGCUGCAGUAGUGAGUGGUAGAUGUGGACAGUUUAGCCACUAGGGACAUGAAGGAGUUAAUCAGUUUGGAGGGUUGAAUGUAAGAUGUUAAAAUCCCAAUUCUCAGCCAUUGACAUCGAGGUAGAGCUACUUGUAUAAUAGGAGUUUUUUUUUAUUUAUUUUAGUUGGUAUUAGAUAUUUAAUUUAUGCUGAUUAAUUCUAUGUGAUUAGUAUGGCUCUAUAGAAGAUUUUUACUAUUA